UCCCCUCUGCUAAGGCUGGGGUCACGCUGCUUGCAGUCAUGGAAAUAGACACCCUUUGGGGAGCGGCCCCUCCCCAGAGACGAGGUCCAGCCGGGGUAGCCGGUACCCGGCACAGGUGGCUGUGCGGGCUGUGGCGGCCGAGGGACCUCAGAGGCAGCGUCUGCCCGGCCGUCUCUGGGCCCAGAGCGCCGGGGCAGGGAGUCGGGGCUGCCUGGCUGGAAGGAGAGCCAGGAGGGACCCCUGGGCCCUGCCCAGCCCUGGGGACUUGCUGGGGGUCGCUUCCGCGGAGGAGGAAUCAUGCCGAGUGGCUGAGCCCUAGGCGCUGUGUGUGGGGCCUGAGGAGACCACUCCUGCAGCCUGUCCCGAGCCCCCCCACGAGCGUGGCCCACAUGGAGGUGGGGACCGUAGGCCCGGGACCCCCGGGGCUAAGGGUGAAGUGACCCACCAGUUCGGGCCCGUGCCGUGCCUCUGUGACUCAGCCGGCCGGUGGCCCUGCGGGUUCAGGCUGGAUGGGGGAGUCAGGCUUGCGGGCUCGCCCCUCCCUGCCUCAGUUUCCCAGUCUGCACAGCAAGGGGCUUUGGACUGUUUCCCACUCUGACUUUCUAGGCCUUUGAAUCGCCCGGACCCCACUGGAGCACCAAAGAGUUAAGCCAAGGAAAUCCUGGCGCUGGGCUCCCGGCUCGGCUCUCUGGCUCUCCGAAGAGCCCAGUGGCUGGGCUGUGGGGAGGGACAGGGAGGAGGGGGAAUGGGAAGCCAGCUCAGCCGCUCCCUCCGCCUCCCUCCGCCUCCCUCUGCCUCCCUCGCGCCGCCCUCCCGCCUUCCUCAGCAGGGUUGGGGGUCCGGGCCAGCAACAAGUUCUUAUCACGGACAUGGGCCAAGGAGCCGGGGGCCACCCGGAGAGCCAGGGUCAGUGAGCCACCUGCGAGGCUGCAGGACACGGGAAGCCGAGUUUCUGAUCGUGUGAUAACUCGGCGCCAGCCCCCGGAGCCUGCCACCGAGGCUCCCGCCGGCCUCCCUGCCCCCAGCCCGGCCUGGCCCCGCCGUGGCGUCCCGGCUACUUCCUGCCCUUCUCGGGCGCUCCGGACCCGUCUCGGCCAAGGUCACCAUGGGGACAGCUGCCCUGGGUCCCCUCUGGAUGGUGCUGCUGCUCCCUCUCAUGGUGUGCGGGGUCCCCACCGAGGAGCCCACACCUACGGGAGCUGUGAUCUCCACCCCUGCCGGGGGCUGCCGGCAGUGCUGUGACCCCCAGGGCCCCCAGGCCGAUGCCGCCGACGUGGCCCCCGCCUCUCCGUCGGCCCUCCCGUAUGUGCUGCCCGAGGUCCGGCCCUACAUCAACAUCACAAUCCUGAAGGGUGACAAAGGGGACCGAGGCCCGCUGGGCGCCCCGGGGAAACUGGGCAAGGAGGGUCCCCGGGGGGACCGUGGCCCGCAGGGCACCAAGGGCGCCAAGGGGCAGGCGGGCAGCCCCGGGGCGCCGUGCCAGCGGCGCUUCUCUGCCUUCUCGGUGGGCCGCAAGACGGCCCUGCACAGCAGCGAGGGCUUCCAGCCGCUGCUCUUCGACACGGUCUUCGUGAACCCCGACGGGCACUUCGACAUGGAGGCCGGCCACUUCGCCGCGCCCCUGGGGGGCCUCUACUUCUUCAGCCUCAACGUGCACAGCUGGAACUUCAAGGAGACCUACGUGCACGUGGUGCACAACGAGGCGGCCGCCGUGAUCCUGUACGCGCAGCCCAGCGACCGCAGCAUCAUGCAGAGCCAGAGCGUGAUGCUGGCCCUGGCGCCCGGCGACCGCGUGUGGGUGCGGCUCUUCAAACGCGAGCGCGAGAACGCCGUCUACAGCGACGACGUGGACACCUACAUCACCUUCAGCGGCCACCUCAUCAAGCCCGAGGACGACUGAGCGCCGCGGGGCAGCGCGGGUGCUGGUGGCCGGGCUGGGCUCCUCCCUCCUGACCCCGCCACGCCCCUGCCUCUGUCCCUGUCCCCGCUCUCCCUUCCCUGCCUAUUUCCGUCUUUCUGCCCUACGGAUUCUAGAAUGUUCUCCACCUUACAGCCCGGGCCUCUCCGGCUUGCCGAUGUGCAGCGGCGGGCUCUGACCCAGCAGGUUGGGGCGGGGCCUGGGUGACGCUCACGCUGCCGUAACCAGGUUCUAGAACGUUCCCAACACCUGCGUCUCUGAACAUUCUGGAAUCUUCCAGACAUUCUAGGAUUCUCCUCCCCCUCCUCUCCCGCCCUCCCCUCUGCAGCCCCCAUCCAUGCUUUCAUUUACCAAACAGUCCCCGAUGGUGCCAGGGCCUGGGAGGGUGGGGAGGAAUCAGACCUGCCCCUGCCCUUGGGGGGUGCGCAGUCCAGCCUGGGCUGGGGAAACACAUGGGAAGAUUAGGAACCAGACCCAGAGAGUGCACGGGGCGCCCUCAUCCUGAGAGGCCCGUCGCUGUGCACCACCACCCCCCAGAGCCGGUCCCCGUGAUGAGUGGUGUCACUUCAUGUUCCUUGUCCUCUUUAAAGGAAGCCCUGCAGUGGCAUUGGCCAGGUCAAGGGUCUGUAAGGAGCGGGCCCAGGAGUUUUCGGGCAUUCAGGCUAAAGUUACAGAGCCCAGACUCCUUGCUCCUCACACCGCUGGUGGCUGCAAGGGCUCCUGCCCUCCUCACCGUAUCCCCCUCCUUGCUCCUCCUCCCCCCCACCAGGUGCUCUGCCGGGGCCUUGCUCAGCCCCUCCUGCCAAAGGCAUCUGAGCCUCAGUUUCCCCAGGGCCUCCUCUCACAGUCACACAUGGGUGCUGUUUCCAGGUGCUCUCCGACCCGCCCCCGCCCUGUCGCUGGCCAGGCUCCCCUCAAGGUGCUGAGGCCUGGGCGGGCGGCUUCUGCCCGCAGAGCCCUCCCUGGCCUGGCGCUGCCCUCGCACAAGCCAGUGGGUGGUGGGCCAGCUCGGGCGGGAGCCCCGCCUGUGGGGCCCUCAGCAGGUCUGGGGGACGGCAGCAGGCAGUGUCCCCCAUCCUCCAAGGCUCCCCACCCAGAGAGGCCCCAGGAGAGGCUGAGGGGAGGCAGGGACCCCACACCUUCCGUCCUUCCCCCUCUCCCAGGGUUGGGGGAACGGCGGCCCCCAGCCCCUCCCUCACCCCAGGUGUCCUGACCUCCCCAGAGCAAGGUGGCCGCUGCCCUUGGUGCUUACGCAGACUCUGGGGCAGAGGCGGCCCCAGUGGGGGGGUCUCUGGUGCUCACAGCCAAGGGAGCCACGCCACGUGGCCGGGGCCGGCAGCAGGGCCUGCCACGAGCCACGAAGCCCGGUGCUAUGUAAGCUGCCCAGCCCGACCCCAUGUGCCCGCUUGUCCAGUGUGAUUAAAGGCUGCUCCAUCCCCCGG